GAAAGCAGUGCAAGCUGGUGAUUGUAAAAGAGUUAAAGAUUUCCAGCUUACCACUAGUAGGCAUGUAGAAAAAAUUAAGAAAUGCCUCGACUUGCUUCACAGAAAUGCUGGUAGAGCAAGACAAGACACUUGCGAUGCAGAAAAAGAUGUAAAGACAAAAUUUUCCAACGUCAAAAGUCUGAUAUCGCUACUUGAUACAAUGGGCACUGCUGCAUCGCUAAUAUUAGUAGCUGGAGGAAUUUCCAGUGUCUUUCUGGCUUGGACGUUUCCACCUGCUGCAAUAUAUCUUGGUUUUGGUGUAACUCUCGGUGUAGUGGCAGCAACUGCAAGAGGAGGAGUUGGUGUUGGCACUUAUUUUGCAACAGCAAAAAUGGCAAACGCAGCACAAUCCUUGAACGAGUUGAGUGAAAUGUUGGAUGGCUUGUCAGAGUCAGCUGGGACUGUGCUCGUGAUCGUGAGAAAACUGGAAAAUUGGUGGAAUCGAACGGUACGAUUACUGAAUGUUGCUAGCACAGCCAUUGAACACGCCAACACUGACUAUAUUGACCACGUUCUUGAAGCAAUGGAACGCGUUAAGGAAGAACUAAUCAUUUUGCAGAAAGCGGUCUCAUCUGCAGGCAAUACGCUGCAAAGGCUCAAAGAUGAUCUAAAGUCAUGUAAAUAAACAAUUUCAAUAAACUU